AUGUCUGCUCAACUAAGAGAAGCCUUUACAAGGGCCAAAAAUGAAAAACGUAGUGCAUUAGUCACGUUUGUCACAGCUGGUUAUCCAACAAUUGAAGACACUGUCCCUAUAUUGAAAGGGUUACAAGAAGGUGGUGUUGAUGUUAUCGAACUAGGUGUUCCAUUUUCCGAUCCAAUUGCUGAUGGUCCAACUAUCCAAGUUGCUAAUACAAAAGCUUUAGAAAAUGGGUUAUCCGUUAUAAAGACUCUUGAUCUAGUCAAACUUGCAAGAAAAGAAGGUAUUCAUGUUCCAAUUAUCCUUAUGGGUUACUACAAUCCUAUCUUACAAUAUGGUGAAGAAAAAUUAAUCAAAGAUGUUAAAGAAGCAGGUGCUAACGGGUUCAUUGUUGUCGAUUUACCACCUGAAGAAGCUGUUAAAUUCAGAGGAUUCUGUACCAAAGAAGGUUUGAGUUAUAUUCCAUUAGUUGCACCAGCAACUACCGAUGAACGUUUGAAAUUAUUAGCAGAAAUUGCAGAUUCAUUUAUCUAUGUUGUUUCAAGAAUGGGUACUACAGGUGCUUUGAAAAACAUUAGUACUGAUAUUUCAACAUUAGUUACAAGAGUCAGAAAAUUCACAGGUGACACUCCAUUAGCUGUUGGUUUUGGUGUUAGUACAAGAGAACAUUUUUUGACUGUUGGUUCAGUCGCUGAUGGUGUUGUUAUUGGUAGUAAGAUCAUUACCUUGUUGGGUGAAUCCUUAGAAGGCCAACGUGGUGAGGUUGCUAAAAGAUAUGUUCAAGGUAUUCUUGAUAACAAAGUUUCUUCAAAUGAUAAACCUGAAGAAUCUGAAGUUUUCCAAAAUGCCCAAAAAGUUGGUGAACCAGUGUUUGAAGAAGAACAUAAAUUCCCAGCACGUUUUGGUGAUUUUGGUGGUCAAUAUGUUCCAGAAGCUUUACAUGCUUGUUUACGUGAACUAGAGAAAGCUUUUGAAGAUGCAGUUGCAGACCCAGAGUUCUGGAAAGAAUUCAAAUCUUUAUAUUCUUAUAUUGGACGUCCAUCAAGUUUCCAUAAGGCUGAUCGUUUAACUGAACAUGCUGGUGGUGCUCAAAUCUGGUUGAAGAGAGAAGAUUUAAAUCAUACUGGUUCUCAUAAAAUUAAUAACGCUUUAGCACAAGUUUUAAUUGCCAAAAGAUUAGGUAAAAAGGAAAUUAUUGCUGAAACUGGUGCAGGUCAACAUGGUGUUGCUACUGCUACUGCUUGUGCUAAAUUCGGCUUAAAAUGUACAGUUUACAUGGGUGCUGAAGAUGUUCGUCGUCAAGCUUUAAAUGUUUUCAGAAUGAGAAUUUUGGGUGCUGAAGUUAUUGCAGUCACUAACGGUACAAAGACUUUAAGAGAUGCUACUUCUGAAGCAUUCCGUAAUUGGGUUACUAAUUUAGAAACUACACAUUAUGUUGUUGGUUCAGCUAUUGGUCCACAUCCAUACCCAACUUUAGUUCGUACUUUCCAAUCUGUUAUUGGUAAUGAAGCUAAAGAACAAUUCAAAGAAUUAAACGAUGGUAAAUUACCAGACGCUAUUGUUGCCUGUGUUGGUGGUGGUUCAAACAGUACUGGUAUUUUCUCACCAUUCGAACAUGAUUUAAGCGUUAAACUAUUGGGUGUUGAAGCUGGUGGUGAUGGUUUAGAUACUGAAUUCCAUUCAGCCACCUUGACUGCUGGUGUUCCAGGUGUUUUCCAUGGUGUCAAGACUUAUGUUUUACAAACAAAUGAUGGUCAAAUACACGAUACUCAUUCUGUUUCUGCAGGUUUAGAUUAUCCAGGUGUUGGUCCUGAAUUAGCUGCAUGGAAAGCAAGUGGUCGUGCUCAAUUCGUUGCUGCAACUGAUGCUCAAGCUUUACAAGGGUUUAAAUUGUUGUCAGAAUUGGAAGGUAUCAUUCCAGCUUUAGAAUCUUCACAUGCUGUUUAUGGUGCUGUUGAAUUAGCUAAAACCAUGAAACCAGAACAACAUAUCAUAAUAAAUGUUUCAGGUAGAGGUGAUAAAGAUGUUCAAAGUGUUGCUGAAGUUUUACCAAAAUUAGGUCCAAAGAUUGGUUGGGAUUUAAGAUUUGAAACUUUCAACUAA